CACAGCGCCCCUGUGUGGUCAAACAUCGCGGCGCAUACAGAGGAAACCACGUUGACGUAUUUCCUGUUUACAGUGUCCAGUUUGGAUCCACGCGACAUUGACAGCAAACAACGUAAUCGGCGACUUUGUGGUUACUUUGGCCACGUGGUUGUCAUAGAAACGUGUGAUGAUCGGAGAUGAUGGAGUCAGGCGCGUGCAGUGAGGAACCACGUGUUCGAGCGAUGAAGGACAAACUGGAUGUGAAGUGACGAGUCUGGAGAAAGAGAUGAAUCCUGUCACCAGAACCAUCGGACUCACGUUUCCUGCGGUCAGACGCGCCCUCUCCUCCGCUCCGCGCCUCCUGUCUGGUGGACAAGUAAUUGAGGACGUGUUUGAAGGAUCAGGAUCUCCAGCUCUCACAGGGCAGGCGUCUCUCUACGUGCACUGGCCUUACUGCCUCAGGAGAUGUCCCUACUGCAACUUUAACAAGUACAUACCCAGAGAGGACAACCACCACAUCAUGACUGAGUGCCUGCAGCGGGAGGCCGAGACGCUGCUGCAGCUCAGUCAGGCGUCCAGCAUCACCUCUGUGUUUUUUGGCGGCGGGACCCCCAGCCUGACGCACCCAUCGACCAUCGCCGCCAUCCUCGAAACUGUCUCCAGGCAGGUGAAUCUGUCAGAUGAGGCCGAGGUCACGCUCGAGGUCAACCCCACUCCUGCAGCAAUGUCAAAGUUGGAGGAUUACUGCCGAGCCGGGGUGAACCGCUUCUCCAUCGGUGUCCAGUCUUUGCAGGAUGAUGAUUUGAAAAUUCUGGGAAGAGACCACAGUUCCCAUCAGGCUUUGCUAACCAUUGAGGAGGCCCGGAGGCUGUGCCCGGGGAGGGUGUCGGUAGAUGUCAUGUUCGGACGCCCCAAACAGAGCGUUGAAUCCUGGGAGGAAGAGUUGUCUGAGCUGCUGAGGGUGUGCGACAACCACGUGUCUCUGUACCAGCUGACUCUGGAGCGAGGCACCCAGAUGUUCAAACUGGUGCAACAAGGGGAAGUGACGGUUCCUGCUGACGACGUGACGGCGGAGAUGUACCAGUUCGCCAGGAGGACUCUCCACCAGAAUGGCUUCCUGCAGUACGAAGUGUCGAACUUUGCAAGAAGUAAUGCAGUGAGUCAUCACAAUGUGACCUACUGGAAAGGAAGACAGUACAUCGGCGUCGGCCCAGGAGCACACGGCCGCUUUGUUCCUCUCGGGGAGGGAGGUGUCGCUCGGGAGGCACGGACCCAGACUCUUGAGCCUGACGUGUGGAUUCGUGAAGUCCGACAUAAUGGACACGGGACGCGUAGGAGGGUUCAGCUCAGCCAUCUUGAACUAUUGGAGGAGGUGCUAGUGAUGGGGAUGAGAAUGACAGAGGGCAUCGAUCAGGAGCACUGGGAGAUGUUCAGCCCUCAGCUGGGACUCCAUGAAGUCUUUGGCACAUCCACCGAUGUCCAAGAGUUGCUACAGAGUGGACGACUGAUUCUCGAUGACAGAGGCCUGCGCUGCUCCUGGGACGGACUGGCCUUACUGGACAGCAUACUGCCAUCUCUACUGGUUGAGCUACAAACACAAAUCCUCCAGGGGCCACAAGUGCUGAUGGACAAACACUGAAGACAUCCAACCCACAAUGACAGUAAUGUUAAUGGAGCAGAUGAUCUAAACAUAACUAUUUAUCUUGUGGUUACUGCUGGGCAAUAAAACAAUAUCAAUAAUUAUUACAAUAUGACUUUCAUUAAUAUAUAGCAAUGGUAGAAUAUAUUUUAAUAUACACACGCAUUGUUCAAGGUCAGAGAGGAGGUAUACAUACUGCACUAUUGAUCUACCUCAGAUAUGUAAAAUGUGUUUGUCAUUAAAUAAAAAAAGGGUUUAAAACCACAACCUGUACUCAAUAUUGACUAAUAUGAAAAUGAGAAUCUUUAUAUAAUUUCUGGUCAUUGUUUGCAGCCCUUGUUGUGGUGCAUAAGACAUUGUUAUGAAUGCCUGUUCAUUCUUCAUUGUAUGUCUGUAUUGACAAUGCUCUUUGUAAAUACAUCUGCUGAAUAUA